UUAGAGAAAUAACCUGGGGCCAAUACAUUGACAAUGUCUGAUUACUUUGGCAUUUUGGAUAGAAGUGAGUACCUGAUUCAUCAUGCAGCAGAGUAAACAAGAGAUUUUAAUUAAUACUUUGGCUUUUUUUGCUGUCAACUUUCCACAAAAUGUUUCUAUUUAAUAGUUAACUGCUAUCAAGUCAGGCAAACACAAAGCAGCCUCCCUUUACUUCGUCAAUAGGUCUCUCCUUCUAAAAUACAAUAUUCUGUCCUGCUUUACCACCAGCCAGUGAUAAGAAAUACAGUGAUCAGUAUCAGAGUAAUAAAGCGUUGUAUCCUGACACUUCCUGAAUUGCUCUAGGAAACCUUUAGCAGCAUGGUGCAAAGGCUGAAGACAGAGACUGAUUUUCCAUACUGAGCGAAAGGAGCUUGAACCAGUAGAGGGGAAUCUCAACUCAAGAAGAAGGAUGUCGGGGUUCCUCUGGCUCCUCUGCACAGUGACCCUCAUUAGCCCCUCAACCCAAGACGUAACCAGUGAUGCUGAUGCAUAUUUAAAGCAGUUUCAAAAUGAAGCAGAAGCACUAUAUCAUCAAUAUGCUUUAGCACAAUGGGAAUACAAUACAAAUAUCAGUGAUGAGAAUGUCCAGAACAUGAAUGCAGUUGGAGCAAAGUGGUCUGCAUUUUACAAGAACGCCAGCGAGUUCUCUGAAACCUUUCCACUAAAUCAAGUGACGGACAACAAUGUGAAAUUACAGCUUAUCCGUCUAGGAAGUAAAGGAUCGGCUGUGUUACCAAAUGACAAAUAUGCAAGACUGAAUACAAUUCUUAAUGAGAUGAGCACCAUUUACAGUACAGAAACUGUGUGUAGUCCAGAUGGAUCAAAAUGCUUGCCCUUUGAACCAGGCCUGGACAGUAUCAUGUUAAACAGUGAAGACUAUCACGAGAGGCUCUGGGCCUGGGAAGGAUGGAGAGUCAAAGCUGGGAAAAAGAUGAGGAAGCUUUAUGAAGAAUAUGUGGACUUGGAAAACGAGGCAGCUAGAAUGAAUGGUUACCAAGACUAUGGAGAUUACUGGAGAGGAAAUUAUGAAACCUUGACUGAUGAUAUCAAAUAUAAAUACAGCAGGGAAGACUUGAUGAAUGAUGUGAACAAGACAUUCUAUGAGAUCUUACCGCUCUACAAGGAACUACAUGCAUAUGUGAGAAGCAACCUGCAGAAACAUUAUGGUUCACAGUAUAUUGAUUCCACAGGAUGUCUUCCUGCCCAUUUACUUGGUGACAUGUGGGGAAGAUUUUGGACAAAUUUGUACCCUCUUGUAGUCCCCUAUCCAGAUAGAGAAAGCAUUGAUGUUACACCUACAAUGGUUGCACAGGGAUGGACUGUGGAGAGAAUGUUCAAAGAAGCUGAGAAAUUUUUCAUGUCUGUUAACCUGUAUGCACUGAACAAUAACUUCUGGACUAAUUCUAUGCUGGUGGAACCCACUGAUGGGAGGAAAGCGGUCUGCCACCCCACAGCCUGGGAUUUGGGAUUGAAUGAUUUUAGAAUAAAGAUGUGCACUAAAAUAAACAUGGAAGACUUUCUGACUGUCCACCAUGAGCUGGGACACAUUCAGUACGACAUGGCAUACCACUAUCACCCAUGGCUGCAAAGAGAUGGCGCCAACGAAGGUUUCCAUGAAGCUGUGGGGGAAAUCAUGUCUCUUUCCGCAGCAACCCCCAAACACUUAAAAUCUCUCCAGCUGCUGCCUCCUUCAUUUGUAGAAGAUGACAAAGAAACUGAGAUAAACUUCCUGCUUAGACAAGCACUUACUAUUGUCGGCACAAUGCCUUUCACAUAUAUGUUGGAGCAAUGGAGAUGGGACGUAUUCAGUGGUAAAAUCCCAAAGGAUCAAUGGAUGAAGACCUGGUGGGAGAUGAAGCGAAGGCUUGUUGGUGUAGUAGAGCCUGUUCCCCAUGACGACUCAUACUGUGAUCCUCCAGCCCUUUUCCAUGUGGCGAAUGAUUAUUCUUUCAUCAGAUAUUACACACGGACCAUCUACCAGUUCCAGUUCCAGGAUGCACUCUGUAAAGCUGCUAAUCAUGUUGGUCCUCUUCACACUUGUGACAUCACUAACUCUACAGCUGCAGGGAAUAAACUACUGUCCAUGUUGCAACUCGGAAACUCAAAGCCUUGGACGGAAGCCCUGGAGAGCAUCACAGGGGGAACCAAGAUGGAUGCCCAACCCCUGCUAAGCUAUUUUCAACCAUUGUAUGAAUGGUUACAACAGAACAAUAAAGCUAAUAAUAGAUAUGUUGGCUGGAAUACCGCGUGGGACCCAUACACAGACACAGAUCAAGCAAUCAAAGUGAGGAUAAGUCUCAUAGCUGGGCUGGGAGAUAAAGCGUAUACGUGGGACAUCAGUGAGCUGAAUCUGUUCAGGUCAACAAUUGCUUACGCCAUGACCAAAUUCUAUGCUACUGAGAAGAAGCAGGUGUUGGAGUUUUCAGAUGAAAAUAUCCGUAUUUUUAAUGAAACCAAAAGAAUAUCCUUCUAUUUCUACGUUACAAUGCCUGGAGACAUCUCAAUUAUAAUACCGAAAGAUGAUGUGGUAGCUGCUAUUCGGUUGUCAAAAGAACGAAUCAAUAGAGCUUUCCUACUGAAUGAAGAGUCUUUGGAAUUUCUUGGUAUUCCGCCAACUAUAUCACCCCGUCCUGAACAAUCUGUCACAGUGUGGCUAGUGGUCUUCGGGGUAGUGGCUGGGCUGCUAGUUAUUGCUUUGGUUGUUCUACUUGUGCUUGGCCAGCGGGACAAGAAAAAGAAAAGAAAGGCUGAUAGAGAAAAAGCGAUCCAGUCUGAAGAUCAUGGAGUUUCUGAGGUUUUGGUUGAAACCAAAGCUGAAACGGAUGACCAUCUUCCAGUUGCAACAUACGAUAGUGCUGGGGAACAGAAUAAAGCCUAUAAAGAUACAGAUGACCCUCAAACAGCAUUCUAAGACAUUUAGAUGCUUGGAGACACUGAACCUUUCUGUCACCCUCAUCUUUACUUGUACAUACUGUAACCAGCCAUAAUGAAUACCUAUUGGAUAGAGGAACCACUGGCAGAAUGUUGAAGAAAAUGUCUUAAAGGGGUUAUCCCAUGAUUAUUAUAUAAAAAAAAAUAAAAAAUUGGACAUUAUAUAUAGUUCAUGACAAUUUCUUUCUAGCAAAGCCAAAACUAGCACUGUACCUCAUAUGUGAGCAGAG